AUGCCUGAUAAAAUACUGCAAGUACAUGCAGGGAUGAACGAGAAACAGUGGCCUACCACAUGGGAGGCUUACCUCGACUGGGACUUGGACAUUGAGCGACGCAUGAAGCGUAUGUUCACAACAAGCUCGAGGAAAGACCCCAAUGCUAUGCAGGUAGACGAGGUAAAGAACACCGGCAAGAAGAAGAAGAAGGCUUCGACCAAGGGGGAGGUCAACGCUACAGACAAGAAGGUGUCUGUAUGCAAAUAUUGCAAGAAGGAGAGAAAGUUUGGCCAUCGCUGCGAAGAAUAUAAGAAAGUGAUGAUCAAAGAGGAAAAAUGGAAGGAGCGAACAGAUGGAGGUGGAGGAAUGAGAGGGUCCGGACCUGCGGUGCAACGUCAAAAGAAGUAUAAGACGGUUGUCAGAUGCAUCGAGAUGCAGGUCACGGAUGAUGAAGAGGAGGAGGCAGAAUCGUCGAGGCUCACCAUGGCGUGA